ACCGAGGAAGCAGACCCCGCAGUCGCAGGGGGGCCCGGAGGUACAGGGGGCCCGGUAGGGGCCUGCUUCCUCAGUAUGUGCAACCAGCCAGGAUCAUUUAGGGCAGGGGUGUCCAAACUAGGCUGCAGCAUUUCGCACCACCCCCCUCCCCAGUCGGUGGAAGUGGCCAACGGUGAACAGGAAGUCUGCUGCAGUGCCAGAGAGGGAGCCGGAAGAGGAGCAGAACGUCGCAGCAGCACGUCACAAGUGCGCCUGCUGCACUUGAGAAUACUGCUGCCGACUGGGAUUCGACCUCUCCUUACAAUGAUGCCACAGCACAGGCACGCCAACCCGCCUCCCCAUUCCCACUGCAGCAGCCAGCCUCCCUAUGCCAUGAAAGAGCGCAUCCGUCCAUCCAACAUGGAGACAGAGGUGGAGACAGAACUGGAGAAACAGGGGCCUGUUACAGGGCUGUGCCUACCAGUUGACACAGAGGUGGAAGCAUAUGUGGAGAAAGAGGUGGUGACACAGAUGAAGACACAGGUGGAGAAACACAUGAAGACUCAGGUGGAAAUGCAAGUGGAGACACCGGUGGAGCAAGAGAUGAAGAAACAGAUGGAGAUGCAGGUGGAAACACAGGGACCUGAGCUAGAGCUGGGCCUCCCCAUUGAAUCAGAUAAGGAGACAAAUCCAGGCCCCGUUAAUGAUGAAGCUGAUGGAGACAGAAGCCCCUGCUGGACCAAUACGUUUGAUCACAUAAUAAUGUUACAAUGGAAACUAAGAAGAACCGCAAUUCACUUGCUUGCAAGUUUUGCCUGAAGACCCAGGAAUGCUUGCCUGUCCAUCUAAGAAGAGCAUGCAAAAAGUAUGCAGAAGGAAGGGAAAUUGAACUCCUGAUGUUGGAGGCAAAAGGGAAGAAGAGGGCAAUACUCAAAAGGUCUUGAGUGUCGUGGAUUAUGAGGACCUGGACUAUAAGGGUCAUGAUCCUCUGCAAUUUUUUGUCAAGUUUUUGGAGAAAAAUGGCUAUGUUAAAGGGAGGCCAGCUGGUCUCUCGAGCACAUCCAGCAGAGGUUAAACAGAUUGGUGGUCUGCUGGAUAUGUCAGAUAGGGAAACCAAGGAACACUUUGUGGCAUCUGCAGCAUUCCUCAUGACAGAAGCAAAGCCAGCAGUGGAGAGUUUGAGGAGAUAUGUGGUCUGCCGGAUAUGUCAAAUGGGAAACCCAUGGCUUCUGCAGCAUUCCUAAUGACUGGUCCAGAUUUAUUUUCUUUAAGCAUACACAAUAUUUGCCUAGGGUUUGUUUUUUUCCUUCAAGUAUCUUAAUAAAUGUUCCUUUAAUUAUA